AACGUCAAUUGUUUAUUGUCUAUGAUUUUGGCGUUUGUUGAAAAACGACAUUGUGCUUUUUUGCUAAACUUUUAGUUUUAGCGUUUAAUUCUACCAGUUUUUCUUCACAAAAUGGCCACUACAUCUAAACCACGUUCGGAGAUGACUUUGGAGGAGUUAUCCAAGAUCGAGGAGGAAGAAUUCAGCACAGGACCUCUCUCCGUACUCACACAGUCCGUAAAAAACAAUACUCAAGUGUUAAUAAAUUGUCGCAACAACAAAAAACUCUUGGGCCGCGUGAAAGCUUUCGACCGGCAUUGUAACAUGGUGCUAGAAAAUGUCAAAGAGAUGUGGACCGAAGUCCCCAGGACAGGAAAAGGCAAAAAGGGUAAAGCGGUGAAUAAAGACAAGUUUAUCUCCAAGAUGUUCCUGCGCGGGGACUCUGUGAUCUUAGUGCUAAGGAACCCCAUGGCUACAGCUGCAGGGAAGUAAUUUAGUUAAUUUUAUACCAAACUGUGUCACGAUGCAAAUAAAUAUUAAUAUA